GAACCGUACAGUCAGUCAGUACAUUAUGUAUUGUACGGGUAAAAACCGUAAUCAAUAAUUUCAACCCUCGUUUUCCAUUGGCGGCGUCCUUUCAUCAAGUGCCGCUAUUAAUAUCUUCAAUCCCCGGUUGAUGACGUGUUGGCCAAUCAAUCGCAAGGCAAGUACGAUGCUGUUUGAGCCUUAUUACAUCCAAUCUAUCUUUGUUUGCUUCAAAUCGUCAACUUGAUAUAAAAAUAAAUUCGACACCAACAUCAACAUUGACAUUGACAUCAACAACAACCCAAAAACUCUACACAACUCCUCAUAAAUACCAUGUCUAUUAUAUCGACCACCUCCUACGUCUUAUAGUAUUUGAUCCAAACUGAGACCUGCAUACGUUCAAAAUGGAUUUCUUCCUGGGCAAGGUCACUCAACAUGCUGUGAACUAUGCCAUCAGGUCUGGGAUUGGUGUGACUGCUUCCUUUGCCAUAAGACAAAUCCCCAGAAUUCUGAAGACCGUGGACAACAAUGCUGAUUAUCGAGAGCUUCAUGAAUUACAAGAGAGACUCAAUAGUAAAAUCAAAAUCGUAUCACCAGCUAUUGAUAUGAUAGAGCUUAUUGCCGCGAGAGGAAAUACAACUUUAGAGUCAGCUGUAUCUUUAACCAAAUCACUUCGAUGGGAUAUUCAAUCUCUUGGUAUGAGAUUAGCAAAAGCUGCAAGUGCUGCAGAAGUUUCACUUCGGAAUAAAACCAAAGCAAAAACACAAGCUGCUCAUGAGACUGAGAUUCGAGAGAUUCUCAGAGAUAUCAAGAGGCUCUUGACCAACAUCGAGGAUGCAGUUCCACUCAUCAAUUUAGCCAUCACCACUUCCGGAGCGAACCUCUCGACAACACUCCCAGCUACUGUGUCACCGUCGAGACUAUUACAAGCAAGCAAUCUUCUUACUGCUGCAGAUCAUCAAUAUUCGAGGAAUCCAAAUAGGCCAGUACAAGUUGGAACAACACUUACUCUCUCUUUGUAUAUGUUAUUUGCCGGACAUGCUUAUCGAGCUCAGGAUGAAGAAGGUAUGCGAGAAACUACAUGGAAAGAAGUUAUACAUAAAGCCAGGGUCAGGCUUUUACGUGUACCUCUCAAAUCUACAUACGGACCAUCUGGACAGCUACAUCAUUCUAAAGAGGCCCGAGAUUAUUUGACUGCGAAAGAUUCGUCUUUGAUUAGUGGCGAAGGCAAAGCAACAGAAUACGCAUAUCAGCUUGAAAUAAUCGAGGAUUUUGAUGAUGAUCGAGUUCACACUUUUGAUGAAGGAGAACCACAACCUGGACCAUAUGGAGAUGUCAAAAUGGCAGGUAUUCGAGAGUACUUACCAAUUCAUCAGAUAUCCAAGAUAUUCUAUGCAGAUACUGGCAAAAUAUUGAAUAUUGGUAACCAGGAUGAAACAAACAGUCCUGUUUUACUAUUGAAGCGAGAUAUUAAUGCAAUGCCACCAAGACGAAUGAUGGAGGGACAGGAGACACAAAACGAAUGGUACGAUAAUGGCGAAGAUAUACCCCCAGAGGAAUUUUCAGAAUCAAAUGAAGAAGAAAGGCUAGAACGUGAGGAUGAAGAAGAUGAUGAAUUUGAUAUCGAUGAACAACUUCGAAGAGAAAGUAUGGCACCAGAAUCACCAUCAAAGGGAACUGUGGAAACGCCACAAGAGACAAGCGCAACAUGGCGACUUCCUCAUGAUCUUGACCCAGAAUGGCUUGCUUUGGAAGUAUAUACAGAAGCUGAAGAUUCGGAAUCUGAAGAAGAACUCGAGUCUGAAUCAAAUGGAGGUUCUUCUUAUAGUCGGCCGAAUACUUCAGGCCAAAAUGCCUCUACUAACGAUUUAACCACGAAUCUCUCAAAUCUCAAAAUAUCCUCUCCAGCUCCAGCCACUCCAUCCAAAGAAACAAAUCUUCUACCACGCCCUAUAUCUCCCAUGCCUCUCUCCUUUGACCGUUCGGAAUCUCCUCAACCACUGCAAAUCGACAUCAACCUCCGCUCUUCUCUUUCUCUUCUCGAAAUGCUUAUACGUCUUACUGCACUUCAACAAUUUCAACAAUCUACUCAUCUAUCCGUCCCAGAUGAAUUCCUAACUUUCUUCCUUCAUGAAUCAUCUACUACUGGUGCCGGUGGUAACGAUUCGGAACGUAAACGAACAAGAGCAAUGGCGAGAAAGAAAGUAGGAUUUGAUCCUUAUGAUGAGAGUCCUGUUAAGAGACAUGGUGAGGCUUAUCAACCUGGAUAUGAAGAAGAUGGAAAUGAUAGAUAUUCAAGGGGGGGAACGCCUUGGGAUGAAAAUUUACCAGUGACUCCGAAAUGGACAAGGGAAAGAAGUUCUACACCACAAAGAUCAAUGGCCUCACCCAUUAAAUCUGGGUUUGGAAGUGAUAUGAGACCAAGUCGAGAAAUCUUUUCUUCUCCACCACCUUCAUCACCAAUAUCACCUUAUAAAUCGAAUUCUCAAUCACAAUUUCGACAAAGACGGGAACAAGGAAAUGGUUAUAGAGGAAAUGGAGUAGGUGGAAAAAACAAUGGAGGACCUUUGGAAAGAGUUUUUAAGGAAAGAGGAAGUGGCAAUUUGAGUGCGAGAGCAAGUCCUUUGGGUAAAGGAGGGAAUUUAGAGAUGAGUCCGACUCCUGAGAGCUCUAGAUUGGUGACUAGUAUUGAAGGGGGCGGAGAAGGUGAAGAAUAAGAAAUGGAGUGAAGCGAGGAGCGGGGAUGAAGGAUGAAAAAUGAGCUGAGGAAUGAGUUUGUGAAUGAAGAAUGAUGAAUGUGCUCUGGAAUGAUUGGGGAGAUUACAUUGCAUUGUAUGUAUCAAAUUCACAAAGUAUCUUGUAACGUAGCAUCAUGUAGCAUAGUAUAGCAUUGCAUAACGAAGUACGAAACGAAAAUUACGAGGAUACGAGGAAAUGAAAUAGAUCAAUACCCUUCUAUAGACUAUGUUUGAAUACCA